UAGUAAUUAAUUUUCUUUUGAAGAACGAAGUGUAGGAGACAUUGUUCAUCUCAGAAUCCUUAGAAACAAACAAACAAACAAAUCAAGCUUGGAAAAAAAUUCCCAGUUGUCUGUCUCUCACGCUUUUAUGAAAAUGGAGAUCGAUGCAUCUGCAAACAACAGCGAAGAACGCAGUGGGAGAUUUCAAUUAAGUGAGGUUUUUUCGAAGAUGAUCAAUGAUCAAUUUCAUCGUCUUAUGGAGCGUCAAGUAAGGAACGAACUUUCCUGGGUGAUUCGGCCUAUCAAACUCUGUUUUCGCAUGAAGAAAACUUUGCACAAAGCUUGUGAGGACGGCGAUUUGAAAUCUGUGGAAGAGUUGAUUCGAGAGAACAAAGACUCGUGUUUGGCGAAGAACGAGUUUGGAUUCACGCCUCUUCAUAUCGCUGCACAGAAAGGUAGAAUUGGUGUUGUAGAUUUGAUUUUGAAAUAUUGCCCUGAAGCUGUGAAAGAGGUGACUGCGAAAACAAUGAGGACUUGUGUUCAUGUGGCUAUUAAUCAUAACCAGAUCGAGGUUGUUAUGCACUUGCUAAGAUAGGUUAUUGGAGAAAGGCCUGACUUUCUCUAUCUUCUUAGUUUGAAGGAUUGUAAGGGAAAAACUGCUGUUCAAUUCUCUACUUCAAGCAAACAAUUCCAGAUUAUAAGAGUAUCACUUCCCUUGAACCGUGGUGGUUCUGUGGCUCUCGACAUCUCAUAUGAUCUACCUCAUUCAGAAAAUAUAGAUUUCGAAAUUGACGGAAUCAGUGAAGAACCUAGGGCUAUGAUAGAUUGGGAUUUAACCAAACAAAACAUCAUCCACAGUGAUCUUUAUAGUGACAAUGGCUCAUAUGAUAUACCUCAAUCAGAGAAUAUGGAUAUCGAAAUUGAUAGGACCCUUCAACAACGUAGAGCUACGUUAGCUUGGGAUUUAACCAAACAAAAAAUCAAGCAC